CCUUAGAGCAUAAUCAAACGAGCAUAAUAACAUAACCUAUAGAAUAUCUGUGUCCACGUGCUGCAUCGCCCGUGACGGGCAGCAGAUUUGUUUUUUUCAUAAAAGCGUUAUUUCACGCAUUAUAAAAUGGGGAAGAAAUCGAAAAUUGGAAAGCAGCGGAGGGAUAAGUAUUAUCAAUUGGCUAAAGAGACUGGUUUUAGAUCUCGUGCAGCCUUUAAGUUAAUACAGCUUAAUCGUAAAUUUGAAUUUCUUCAGAAAUCUCGAGUAUGUAUUGAUCUUUGUGCAGCACCUGGUGGUUGGAUGCAGGUUGCCAGACAAAACAUGCCUGUAUCCUCCAUCGUAAUAGGUGUUGAUUUAUUUCCAAUAAAACCGAUACCUGGUUGCAUCAGUCUCACUGAAGACAUUACUACCGACAAGUGCCGUGUGGCAAUUACCAGAGAAUUGAAAACAUGGAAAGCCGAUGUAGUUUUAAACGAUGGUGCUCCUAAUGUAGGAAAAAAUUGGCUGCAUGAUGCUUAUCAACAAACAGUUCUUACUUUGGCAGCAGUCAAAGUAGCCACACAAUUUUUAAGACCUGGUGGAUGGUUUGUGACAAAAGUGUUUAGAUCUAGGGAUUACCAUCCAUUAGUUUGGGUACUUAAACAAUUAUUUAAGAAGGUCCAUGCCACUAAACCGCAAGCAUCCAGAAAUGAAUCUGCUGAAAUUUUCGUUGUAUGUCAAUACUACAUAGCACCUGACAAACUCGAUCCAAAAUUUCUGGAUCCAAAAUACGUAUUUUCUGAACUGGAAGUCGAAUCUAAGAACAAAUUGAAUGUCUUUCAUCCUGAAAAGCAGAAAAAAAGCAAGGCAGAGGGAUAUCCAGAAAAUGAUCAUACGUUGCAUCACAAAUUAUUGGCUACAGACUUUAUCGCUCAUAGUAGCGGUAUAGAGGCUCUGCAAAAUGCAUCAGAAAUUGUUAUAGAUGACGAGAGAAUAGCAAAUCAUCCGAAAACUACUAACGAACUUAAAGAAUGCUGUAAGGAUAUUAAAGUUCUUGGCAGGAAGGAGUUACGGCUACUUCUUACUUGGUGGAAGAUACUCAAGGAAGAACUACGGAAAAGUCAAGAGACGAAAGAUGAAUCGGUAGUUGAAGAGGCAAAUACAGAGGAAGUGACACCGAUCACAUUGGAAGCACAGGAAGAUUUAGAAAAUGAAGAAAUCGACAAGCAAAUUGCAGAACUUUCUGCAGAAGAAGCACGAGAACUUAGAAGAAAGAAGAAGAAGGCGAAUAAGGAAAGACAAAAAUUGAAUGAGCGCCUUAAUUUGAAAAUGGUUCUUAAGGGUGACGAAGGACCAAGAUUAGAGAGUGAUGAUAUGUUUGACUUGAAGAAAAUAGAAACGAUUGAACAUUUGGAAACUGUAACUGAUCAGCUGCCUGAUGUGCUAGCUGAGAGUGAUGUAGAUUCGGAUGAUGAGCCGGCUAAACCGAAGAAAGUUAAAUAUCAUAAAGACUCAGGACAUUUGGACAGUACAGGUCUUUAUUACAAGUCGCAUGACAGUGAAGCAGAAAAUUCAGAUUCAGAAGAAUCAGAUACUGACACAUCUGGAUUAGGUCUCAGCGAUUCAGAAGAUGAGACAGAGAAACCAGUAGCGAAAACGAAGAGAAGAAAGAUUGAAGAAGCAGAUGAGAAUCCUUUAAUCACAGAUUUGGACCCCAGGGAUAAGAAAGCUAAAAAAAUUCAUAAAGCUGAAUUAUGGUUCGAGAAGGAUGUUUUUAAGAACUUAGAGAAGGAGGAGGACGAGGACUUUGAACUGGAUAAAAUGGUAGAGGAAUACAAAAGCAAAGGCGGCUCCAUAGUAGGCGAGAAAAAAACAGCAACGAUUAAUAAAAUACAAAAGAAAAUAGAUAAAGACGACGAGGAUAAUGUUACCAGUUCUGAAUCUGAAUACGACAUGGAAGAAAUGAUGGCUCCGAAUAAGAAGUCAAAAAAGAUUGGUGGAAAAGAUGGCUUCGAAGUUGUUUCUAAAGACAAGCCUCUAAAAAUGAAGAAUAAAAGAAAGUUGACAGAGGAGGAUCUCGCAUUGGGCUCGUUAAUGGUUCAAAGUAAAAAAACUCGAAGGGAUCUAAUAGACGGAGCGUGGAAUAGAUAUACCUUCAAUGACGAGAGGCUUCCAGACUGGUUCGUCCAGGAAGAAGAAAAGCAUAUGAGGAAGGAAGCUCCAGUACCUAAAGAACUCGUGGACGAGUACAAAAAGCGAGUGGAAGAACUGAACGUUAGGCCAAUAAAAAAAGUAAUGGAGGCUAAAGCUAGGAAGAAGAGGCGGGCGAUGAAGAAGUUGGAAAAAGCUAAGAAGAAGGUCGAAGCUUUAAUGGACAAUACGGAUAUCAGUGACAGGGAAAAAGCAAAGCAGGUUAAAACUCUAUACAAAAAGGCACAGAAAGAACCGAGGAAGGAAGUGACAUAUGUGGUAGCAAAGAAGCAUUCAGCCCAGAAAAGAGCCAUGCGACCUGCUGGUGUCAAAGGUCGUUACAAGGUUGUUGAUCCAAGAUUAAAGAAAGAUUUAAGAGCUGUCAAAGCAAAGGAGAAGACUAAGGGUCGGGGUAAAAAGGGUCGUGGUGGUAAACCACCUCGUGGAAAACCCAAGGCUACCAAAGUAAAAAAACGAUCAAGAUAAUGAACAGUAUGCAUUUCACAUCCAAUUAAAAAUGGCUGACGUGGAAGGGCCCAAACAUAUGUACAUAAUAGUUUGGAUAAACAAGCGGCAAUUGUCAAUCAGUGACGCAAUAAAGAUAAAAAAUGAAAAAACAA